AUGGUACCGAAGGCUUUGCCUAGAGGCAUUCUGGUCAUUGGCAUUUGUUCCUUGCUUUGGUGGGCUCUCCGAACCCUUCAGGGCUCUUAUGCUGUAUUUGCCGAGUCGCUGCAGUCGAUAGACCUUCUGAGCCCGACUCUUGAUCAUGACUGGAAGACUUCAGAGCUCUAUGCCUUUAAGGCUACGCACGAUCUCUGUUCUGCCCAUGGCUACUCAGCUUUUGUUCCCAAAAGUCCCUCACGCGAACGAAAGAUCUACGAUAUGCUCAUGAUAAACGACGAGCUGGAUUUUCUCGAGAUACGCCUCGAUGCAUUAUACGACUACGUCGACUACUUCAUCAUCGCCGAGUCAGCCAAAACAUUUCAAGCCAAUUCGAAACCCCUUAUCCUCAAAGACAACUGGGACAGAUUCCGUCGCUAUCAUGACAAGGUAAUGUAUCACGAACUAACCUUCCCAUCAUCCUUCGAUCCGCAUCGUCCCUGGGACUACGAAGACCUUCAGCGAGAUGCCCCCUUUGACCAAGUCAUGCUCCAUCUCGACGGGCCAAGAGCACCCAACAAAGGAGAUGUUCUAGUCGUAGCCGACGUCGAUGAAAUACCCCGUCCACAAACCCUCCUCAUCCUCCAAUACUGCAACUUCCCCCGCCGGCUAACACUCUCCUCCAAAUUCUACUACUACUCAUUCCAAUUCCUGCACGCCGGUCCGGAGUGGCAACACUCCCAAGCAACCUACUACCAAGGACACCAAACCCUCAAACCCACCAAUCUUCGCAAUGGAGAUGGAGGCUUCCGUCCGUUACGCUUCCUCGAGAGGGGCGUGCUAAGUAACGCAGGAUGGCAUUGCAGCAGCUGUUUUCCGACUACAGAUCAAUUUCUCAACAAGAUGGCGAGCUUUUCUCAUCGGUGGAUGAAUCGUGAAGAAUAUAGAGAUAAAGAUAAGAUCACUGCUGCAGUUAGAGAAGGCAAAGACCUCUGGGGCAGGGAACAGGAUCAGUUUGUGAGGAUUGAGAAUAACAAAGACAUGCCGCCACUGGUUCUUAGGCAGCCAAAGCGGUUCGGCUACAUGAUUAGUCGGGAUGGGCUGUCAGCAGGCUUCGUAGACUACAGCGGAAAUUAA